AUGGUCAUGUUGACCCAUCUUCUCCGUUCGCUCGCCCAGGGCCAAGAUGGUUCCCUUGCCCGUCGUUGGGAGUUCCAGGAAUGGGAUCCCCUUGAGGGUACGGACCGCUCACUCUUUAUUGCCAUUGGCACGGUGGCCUUGCUCUCUUUGAUCUCAACGCUGUCCCUACUGUCUUUCCUUACCUACCGUUUCAUCUACUGGAAGCGCUAUUACAAACACCCAUUGGCCCAGAACCAAUAUGUCGUCCUCAUUUACAACCUCCUGCUGGUUGACAUGCAGCAGUCCAUCGCCUUCUUGUUGUCCCUCUACUGGGUCUCGAAGGGAAGCGUUCAUUUUGGUGAGACAGCCUGCUACCUACAAGGAUGGUGGAUUCAGACAGGAGACCCCGGCAGCGGUCUGUUCGUGCUGUCUAUUGCUCUCCACACCAGCGCCGUCGUACUUCGUGGUCGCCAGCUCCCCUAUCACAUGUUUGUCUACGUUGUCAUCGGAAUCUGGAUGUUCAUUCUAGUCAUCGGCUUCAUUCCCGUGGGACUAUGGGGAUCAAAGGCCUUCGUCAUCUCAGAGGCCGGUUGGUGUUGGCUGAGCCCAACCCAUGAAGAUGAACGUCUCUGGGGCCACUACUUCUGGAUCUUCCUCUCCGAGUUUGGCACAGUCGUUCUUUACGCCAUAAUGUUCUUCUGGCUCCGUCGCCGUAUGAGGCAGGCCAAGAUGCUGCGUCGCGGCCAGCAAGAGAGCCUCCAACGCCUCAACCGUGUUGUCGUCUACAUGGUUAUCUAUCCCGUUGUGUAUCUUUGCUUGUCGCUGCCGCUGUCAGCGGGUCGUAUGUCAACUAUGCGGGGCGUGCCUCCCAGCAGGACCUACUUCGGUGUCGCUGGCUGCCUGAUGGCGUUCUCGGGGUUUGUCGAUGUGUCCGUAUACACACUAACUCGUCGCCACCUGUUGAUCGACACCGAGCACAGUACCACCGACCCUAACUACGACAACAACACCGACUCCCGCUACCAAACACAGAUCAGUGCCCACCCCAAGUCCCGUAAGGGAUUCGGCCUCACCUCUCGCUUGAAUACGCGAUUCCGUCAGAAUCCUAAGACCGUCGACAUGGACGACACACAAAGCCCUCUGGGCGGCUCCACGGAGAACAUUGUUCCUAACAAGGAUGUUGAACUCCAAAACUUCCACGGCGUGUAUCAACAAACAACCAUUGAGAUUUUGCACGAGCCCGCCACUUCGGCAGAGUCGGUCGCGCAUCCCGAGCGCAGGGGUUCAUGA